GUGCGCAGGAUAAGCUGCGUUGAGCAGGCAGGAAGGCAAACCAAGGUCUCAAACGUGGCCACUCACUCCCACUACUAUAUCACUAAUAUCUAGUUGGCACCACCACAAUUCCAUCCUCAUCCCAGAUGCUAACACCGCUACAGCCUCAACUUGUUGAAUUAUGAAACACUACUACUGCCUAUAGAAGCCUGCUCUUCCAACUUCCCAACUGGGCUCUGCUAAGCUUGCUAAUUUAUUACUACUUUCUUCUUAUAUAUAGUACAUUCUUGGUAUCUUUUUAGUAAUUAAUUUGGAUAGCGAAGGGGGAUUGAGGGAUAUACAUAUUAAUCGUUUGGUAAUGAUGGCGGCACAUUUACUGAGGAGGAGCUGGGGUAGCACUAUCAGUUUGUUGAUAGUGAUUUUAUUGCUAUCCUGCAGCUCCCAAAUGACAUCCGCAGAAGCAGCACCUGCUUCACGUAAAAGCAGCAGCAUAUCCAUGUCUCAGCACAAAAUGUUGGAUGCUCACCAGCAUUUGAAGCGCCUGAACAAGCCUCCUCUUAAAACCAUCAAGAGCCCGGAUGGAGAUAUCAUCGACUGCGUCCAUAUUGCUCACCAACCGGCUUUUGAUCAUCCUCUGCUCAAGAACCAUACAAUUCAGACGAGACCAAAUUUCCACCCAGAAGGGACUAAGUUCGAGGAAAGCAAAAGGGUGUCUGCACAGAAAGCAACAUCAUCAAAACCAAUAACCCAGUUGUGGCACUUGAAAGGAAGGUGUCCUGAAGGAACUAUUCCCAUAAGGCGAACUAAAAAAGAAGAUGUAUUAAGGGCAAGCUCUGUCGAAAGGUUUGGCAAGAAGAAGCCCACUAAAAUUCCUCAUCAACCCAGGUCUGCACAACCUGACCUCAUUACUCAAACUGGCCACCAGCAUGCGAUAGUAUAUGUGGAAGGAGAUAAGUAUUAUGGAGCUAAGGCCACCAUUAACGUUUGGGAGCCCAAAACACAACAGCCUAAUGAAUUCAGCUUGUCUCAAAUCUGGAUCCUUGGAGGUACUUUUGGUCAAGAUCUUAACAGCAUUGAAGCUGGAUGGCAGGUUAGUCCAGAUCUAUAUGGAGAUAACAGAACAAGACUCUUCACAUAUUGGACUAGUGACGCCUAUCAAGCCACAGGUUGCUACAAUCUGCUGUGCACAGGCUUUAUUCAAAUCAACAAUGAAAUAGCGAUGGGGGCAAGCAUCUUUCCUGUUUCUGGCUACCGUGGCUCCCAGUAUGAUAUCAGCCUUCUUGUUUGGAAGGACCCGAAAGAGGGAAACUGGUGGAUUCAAUUUGGGAAUGACUACGUGCUAGGAUACUGGCCAGGCUUCCUCUUUUCCUACUUGACAGACAGCGCAACGAUGAUAGAGUGGGGAGGUGAGAUUGUAAACUCAGAAUCAGAUGAGCAACACACAACAACUGAAAUGGGGAGCGGGCAUUUCCCUGAAGAAGGGUUUGGAAAAGCUGGCUACUUCAGGAAUAUUCAAAUUGUUGACGGAUCCAAUAGUCUCAGGGAUCCUAAAGGGCUCGGCACUUUUACCGAGCAAUCCAGUUGCUAUGAUGUCCAGAACGGCAGGAGUGGUGAUUGGGGCACCUACUUUUUCUAUGGUGGUCCUGGAAGAAACCCCAAUUGCCCAUGAUCGACGAUGAUGAUCCCCUCAUCCAUCCCUUUUUUCUUUUUACUUCGUGUCUCUGUAUUAGUACGAGUAAAUUGUACAAUAUCAUUUCUUAUUCUUUAGGCUAGGGAGCUAAGGUGUACGUGAGCCUUUCUUUCCUUCUGCAUGUGCGGUGUGCUGGCUAGCUGGUUUUCACUCCCUCCCGAUAUUCCUUAUUUAAGCUGUGGUAUGAGGUAGAAGAAAGAGAAGAGUGAUCAGUUUCUUAAACUCAAGAAAUUGGAUUAUCAUUUCUGUCAAUCAACUUCUUUACUUAUAUUAUGCUGUAAUUGACUGCUUUCUCCAUUAAAUUCUUUGGAGUGCAAAUAUAUAAUUUAUUACUCCUCGUC